AUGUCGUCGUCGGCGCCGCCUGUUUGCAGCCCGGCAAAGUUGGAGCUGAACUUGCCUCCGGGCUACCACUUCCUCCCGACCGACGAUGAACUCGUCGUCCACUACCUCCGCCCGAGGCUCGCCAACGCCAACCACCGGCUGCCCCUGCCGAUCUUCGUUAACGAGCGUAUCCUCAAUUACCAUCAGGAUAAACUCAUAGAGAAGUACCGGAACUACGGCGAGGGCCGGUGGUUCUUCUUCACCGACAGGGAACGCAAGCACGUGGGCGGGAACCGGCCGAACCGGACCACGCCGGACAAUGGCCACUGGAACGCGACGGGGAGCAUUAGGCCGAUCCACUCUGCUGGCGGCGUGUUGGUUGGAUGCCGCCGGACGCUGGUGUUCUACGAAGCGUCGCGCAGCAGGAAGAAGAAGAGCCAGGCCGGUCUGCUGGCGGAGGAGGAGGAGGAGGGGGACGGCCGGGACGAGGCGGCGAAGGCUAAAGACGGUGUCAAGACGGAGUGGACCAUAUGGACGACCUGGUCUUGUGCACGAUCCAGCAGAAGAAGCAUAGCCAGGAGGGUGGGGCGCUCAGUAGAGCUGCCUGGAGAUAAAUCAACCUUGCCCCUAAAAUUAGAGGACGUCUGGUGUAACUCACAUCAUCAGGCAAAGCUGCCUGGGAGAGAACUAAGCAGCCUCUACGUCACUAACAGUUUGUCAUUUGUGCCAACACCUCAGCAAGAGACGAUGGUGAUGGCGCUUGCUGCUAGAGAAUACAACCACACCGCGAUGCAUCAGCGGAACUACAUCAACCACUCCAUGAACAUGAGGACUUCACAGCUCCUCCAUAUGCAAGCAACCGUGCCACAAGAAUUUCUUCCAUACUCCAGCACAAAGAUGGCAGGGCCUUUAGAAGGGGGGAGCAUCGUGGACCACCAUCACAUGCUACAAAACAAGAUCGUCAACGUGAUGCCUGCUACUGAAGCUCACAUUUUCACUGUUUUCUUUCCAAGCCUCUCCAACUCCAACUAUGGCCAUCUGAGCACCAGAAUGGAUCACCCUGGACCCUCAAACGUUCCGUUCCCAUCGCAGCAAUCUCAUGGAGCGGGAAGCAGAACCGGCAUGCAAGGACCGCUUCUGAAUAAUCAAGUGAACCUCAACCAUCAGAAUUCUGAUGCUGCUUCUUCCAUGGUAGGAUAUAACCAGAGGAAUGGUUUCGGUUUACCCAAGAUCGUUUAA